GGCACCCUAUUUGCAAAAACGAAAUUGGUCGGCUGUCAGUCGUAGUAGAAAUGACAGGUUUUCCGCGUAGUAGGAGCAAAACGGGCAGACCAGGAUACAAAUCCAGGAUAUCAGACACGGGCGUGCACGCAGUAGUUAAUAAAAUGCCAAAAAUUAGUUGUAAUUCCCUAUUUCUAGUAAUUAGUCUGCUUUUAUCGUUUUCAUUAUCGACUAGUGCCCAGUACAGUUCAAAUGACUAUUUGAAGCGCGAACAUUCGCUAACGCGGCCAUUUCAAGGCGUCGGAAUGAAUCUUCCAUUCUGGGACUUUCUCGGCGAUACUUUCGUGACGAGCAAUUAUAUUCGAUUAACGCCGGAUCUUCAAUCGAAAAGUGGCGCAAUAUGGAAUCAAGUGCCUUGCAAUUCCAAGAACUGGGAAGUUCAUGUGUCAUUCAAGGUGCACGGAAAAGGAAACUUGUUCGGCGACGGGUUCGCUGUUUGGUAUGCGAAGGAUAGAAUGGCCUCCGGGUCUGUGUUUGGCAGCAAGGAUCUGUUCAGUGGAUUGGCGAUCAUUUUGGAUACAUACAGCAACCAGAAUGGACCACAUAAUCAUCAACAUCCAUACGUCAGUGCAAUGGUCAACAAUGGAUCCCUUAGCUACGAUCACGAUCGUGACGGAACCCAUACUGAACUAGCUGGUUGUGAAGUGCGCUUCCGCAACACAGACUACGAUACCAUCAUCCGCAUAAGAUACGAGAAUGACAUUUUGAAUGUGUCUACGGAUUUUGAGAACAAAGCUGAAUGGAAGAACUGCUUCACAGUUACAGGCGUCCGAUUGCCCACAGGAUACUUUUUCGGGUUAUCAGCAAAUACUGGCGACUUGUCCGAUAACCACGAUAUACUCUCAUUCAAAUUUUACGAUCUGGAUCCAAUCACAGAUCACUCAGACCACAGUGAUCGGAGGAAUAUAAUUCCAAGCGCUUUAACAUUCGAACCGCCCCGAGAACGAAGUGAAGACCCGAAACCAAGCAUGUCUAACGUUAAAAUCUUCUUCAUCAUUUUGUUCGGAAUGAUCUUCGCCGUUGCUAUCACGAUUUUCGGUAUUGCAUACUACAAAGAGAAGAACGCCAAGAAGCGAUUUUACUAGACAUGACGACCAUGUGAAAUUUGAUGAAUAGUGUUUGUGUCCUUUGACGUCCAUAGAUAUUUGUUAUAAUUAUUCAUUACGGUAUAUUCACACUUAUGAUUCCUACUUUUGGUUUUUCCAUCGUUUUUUCUUGAUUUCUUCACAAACCUGAUUUUGUUGUAUCGGAGGAUAUGGGAAAUUGGGUUUUUUCUUUUAUCGUGACUGGCAUUAAGGCUGAAAAGACAAACAGAUAUCAAAGACGAGAGAUAAGUCAAGACAUGUUUACAGUGAUUUCUCUAAAGAUGACAAUUUAUUUUUGUCUUAUGCCAAAUAUUUUCUUUCAUGUCAUUGUACAUUUAUUUUUAAUGUAUUUCGCAUUUUUUUAUUUUAAUUUAAAUUAUGAAAUAUGAAAAAAAAGAAAUCAUUUAUGAAACUCAACAAUUUCAUUCCCAUCGCUACUGAAAAAUGACUUUCGUGGAUAUUAAUAUUUAAAGAGAAAUGGAACUUGAUAUUUCUAUAAAAUAAAUGUUUGUAUAAAAUGGGUCCAAA